AUGUCAGCCAGAAAGGGCUAUCUUCAUCCUCCGUCAAAUUAUACCACAACGAUGACAUGCCCCAACAACCAAGCUGGAAAUUCGUUUUUCGUGGACUCCUUAAUCAACGUGAGAACCGACAGCGGUUCGUAUUACCAGAGUAACGGCGUGUAUCUGCCACCGGCGUCGGAAUAUUCAUAUGGACUCUCCGGUGCGGGCUCCUGUUUCCCGGGGAUCGGUAAGCGCAGCGAGCCGAGCACCCAGAGCGUGAUCCCGGCUUCUGCUCCGUAUGUUCAGGGGAUGGAAACGUGGCUGGAGCCGUCGAGAUCCUGCCGGGUGGAUCAACCCAGCGGCCAGCACAUGGCUCAGUGCUCCUUCUCCCCGACGAUAAAAGAGGAGGGCGCAUAUUGUCUUUACGAGUCUGACAAAUGUCCAAAAGGAGCGACAGUAGAUGACAUAUCCUACUCCAGCGCAUCAUGCCCGGUCACCGGCAGCACCGUGCCGGUCCCCGGCUACUUCCGCCUGUCCCAGUCAUACACGUCCUCCAGGCUUUACCAUGACGUUCAGCCAAGCAUGACUCACUUUACCCUGCAGCGACCUGCCCGCUUGGACAGCCAGUCCUCCCUGCCGCCGGCUGCGCCCGCGGAGCCCGAGCGGAGGGAGAGCCACGAGGAGGCGCCGGUCCCUGCGCCCUGCGCCCCGGCCAGAGAGGAGGACAGCCGCCUGUCCUCGGAGGGCUCGUCCUCCCCGGAGCCCGCAGAGCCGUGCAACGCGGAGUGUCCAGAAAAGACCGUCAAAGGAGAUGCGAAAAUGGAAACUACGGCUAAUUGGCUCACAGCAAAGAGUGGCCGAAAGAAGCGCUGCCCCUACACCAAGCACCAGACUCUGGAGCUGGAGAAGGAGUUUCUCUUCAACAUGUACUUGACUCGGGAGCGUCGCCUGGAGAUCAGCCGCGGUGUGCACCUCUCUGACAGGCAAGUCAAAAUCUGGUUCCAAAACAGGAGGAUGAAGCUGAAAAAAAUGAGCCGGGAGAAUAGGAUCCGAGAGCUCUCCGGCAACUUCAGUUUCUCAUGA